AUGGAACCCGUUGUUUUUGAUGAUAGUAUGGAGGUUACCUCAGAUGAGGAACAGGGGAAUAUCGACGAUAUCGAAAUCGACCUUGACCUUGCUCAUGACCGCCUUCCUGAACAUGAUGAAGAUGUGAUUGUGGAUGAUGCGUCCGCCACUGCUUCAGACCACCCUGCCGCUGGAGACGAUGCAACCUACGAUGCGGAUAUGGCGGAUGGUCAAUAUAUAGAUGGUGGCAUAUCAGGUCACGGAUAUCACAACUGCCACCAAGAAGGCUACUAUCAGUAUGAGGAGGAUUCUGCCUAUCAUAACCCGAACGACUACGAAGCAGAGAUGGAAGAUGGCUACGAAGAAGAUAUUGAUGCCCCGAUCCCGGAUACUGGCUUUGAAGAGACGAACGUACCUACUGCGAAUGAAGGAAGACAGGUGGAAAGGGAGGUAGAAGUCAGAGAAGAAGAAAUACAAAAGGAAGUUAACAUUCCUGAUAACGAACAACAACCUCCGGCCCCUAGAAUCUCGUCAAAUUCAGAACCUGUCGAAACCGAAAUUUCUAGACGAGCAUCAGUGGCUGAGGAGGAGGUUAUCAUUCAGAAAGGCACCAGUAUUGGCCAUCCAGAAAUUGAUAAGUUUGCAAUGGAAGAGUAUAACAUAAUCCCACAUGCUCCAGAGAGCGCUAAGCCCUUAAACGUUGAAGAAGGUCAUGGAAAUGGUGACAGUGAGGCUCAGCCCGCUUUAGAGGAUGAAGGGGGUCAUGGGGAAGAUGAGCUUGAAUCUCAAGGACCCGGAUCUUCAGAACAUGAGCACCAAGAGCCUGAACCUCGAGGGCGAUAUCAGUCGCCUUUGGAUCAGGAGAAAUUGUCGGAUACUACUGAGACAUAUCAUUUUGUGAAACCUGAGGACUAUGUUGGGGAUGGCGGAAAGGGCCAUUUGGAUAGAAGUGGAGCCCUCCAUCCGGUCAAAGUGAUAUACCAUGAAAGCGAAGUAUCAUUGUUUCCUCCAGAAGAAGGUGAUCUCUCAGAUACCUUUUUCCUGCGGGAUGAAGGUUUGGCCUAUGCUCCUAUUGGGGAGCUAGUGGAAGCCUGUCGCCAAGUGCUAGGUGAGCAUAUUAGCAAAGAUGAAGAACUAAUAGUCGAUAUCGAGAGUCUCGGGCUGCAUUUACCUGAGUACUCCGCCGGUAGAACCACCCCAUCUUUAGUUCAGAUUAUUCAAGUUUACCUCGAUCUUUGCGCUAACGAUGGCAUUAACGAACCUGAACCUCUAUAUCUAACUCUUUCUUCAAGAUCCAAUUUUAUGUCUGACUAUUCUCGCCUUGUAGCAGCAGCCCACGAGGGAAAGGGAUUGUCCUACCUCACAUGGGAAGAUUACGAUAUCGACAGUGCCAAAGGCGUAGAGCAUGGAGAAGAACAUGAACAAAACAAUUUGACGUCUGAAGAUGCAAGCUCUCCAGUUGAGCUGCAACCUGACCAUUCAGAACCUCCAGAAGAAGAGAAGGAAGUUGCUGCCGAUACCCAGGCGAAAAUUUUGCCGCCUGAUUCGGCAGGCGAAAACUCAUUAAUUCAAUCCACGAACCAGGAUUUGCCAAGACCGGAGGAGCCCAAGCCCCAUGCUGCUAGAAGUGACAACGACCAAAUAAUUCACGGCGACCUGCCAAGUGAAGUUGUGGGCCAUGAUAAUGCAGGGUUGCCCCAUAAUGCUGAAGAAUACGAUGAUAGUCAAUCAGUUGAAGGUGAGGAUGAGGGGGUGGAAGUAGAAGUAGAAGUAUAUGAAGAAGACGAUUUAGGAAGCGAACAUGGCGUUAUCGCCGAAGAUCCCCAGGACAGCACUGGCUAUGAUAGCCCUACAGCAGAAAAACCUAUGAAAAUACCAACUGUAGACCUUUCAAAAGACGAAUCAACUGAUCAACAGUCUGAAGCCUAUGUAGAUGAAUAUGCGUUUAACCAUGCGUUACUGCAAUUGGAGGAUGGGCUCACAACAGAGGCCAAUGUUGAAGAAGAAUACCAAGACGGUGCUGAUUUGGAAACCGAAGAAGACCACGCAGAAAGCCAUACCAUUUCUCUGGAUAAUAGAGAGGAGCCCGAAAAUCAUAUCCAAGCAGAAACCAAUAACGAUGCGCACAUAGAAAUCGAUUUAAGAACCAGUGAGACCGUGCGAGAAGAGGAAUCCCCUGUUGACCAUGAUGGCGAAGAUGUGGAUGAAUGUGAAAUUUUCAAACCCGAGGAUGGUAUUUCAGAUACCGAAAAUGGGACAGGCGCACUCCUUUCGAACGUUGAAGAGCAGCCCACCCCUCUGAUGAGCGAAUCUUACACUGGGGAAAGACAAAAAACCCCGGAAUCAACCCAUGAUAUUUUCGAAAUUGAUGAAGAUCUUUUUAAGAGCCCCGUAGCGAAAACCCAUACGGCGAUCCCUGCUAUUGACUCUACGAACGGCUCUCCUUUGGACGGAGCGAAUCACGAGCCCUUCGCUUGCCCGGAUGAAACCCAAACAGUCCGUGGAAGGAAGCCCACCUCUGUGUGCGAUCCAAAUCACGCUACUGGUGGACCAAUGGCGGCAUAUUUUGAUGAGUCUUUAACCACGAAUUAUCUAGAUACUGAAGCUCCUGAUCCGGACGAUUUGUCUGCACCUGCCAGUCCUAAGUCGACAAAACGGUCUUUCAUAGAUUCUGGUAUGAAUGAUGUCGAGGGUUCCACACCAGAUUUCAAGCGGCAGCGAUCGGAGUAA